CGCGGGCGGGUCUCGGGCGUCCAGGGCCCGCCCCUCGGCCUGGCUGGCGCGCGGAGGCGGCGCGCACGCGCGGGGGAACAUGGCGGCGGCGGAGCCCUCGGUGGCCGCGCUGGCUGGCGGCGGUGUGGGCGCGGGGGCGCCGUCGGGCGGCGUGCCGGUGCUCUUCUGCUUCUCGGUGUUCGCGCGGCCCGCGUCGGUGCCCCACGGCGCCGGCUACGACGUGCUCAUCCAGAAGUUCCUGAGCCUCUAUGGCGACCAGCUCGACAUGCACCGCAAAUUCGUGGUGCAGCUCUUCGCCGAGGAGUGGGGUCAGUACGUGGACCUGCCCAAGGGCUUCGCGGUGAGCGAGCGCUGCAAGCUGCGCCUGGUGCCGCUGCAGAUCCAGCUUACGACCCUGGGGAAUCUCACACCACCAAGCACUGUGUUUUUCUGCUGUGACAUGCAGGAAAGGUUCCGGCCAGCCAUCAAGUACUUUGGAGACAUUAUUAGUGUGGGACAGAGACUGUUGCAAGGAGCUCGGAUAUUAGGAAUUCCGGUUAUCAUAACAGAACAGUACCCCAAAGGUCUUGGCAGCACAGUGCAAGAAAUCGACUUAACAGGUGUAAAGCUGGUUCUUCCGAAGACCAAGUUUUCUAUGGUGUUACCUGAAGUUGAAGCAGCCUUAGCUGAGAUUCCUGGUGUCCGAAGUGUUGUACUGUUUGGAGUAGAAACACAUGUGUGUAUCCAGCAAACAGCCCUGGAGCUGGUCGGCCGAGGCAUUGAAGUUCACAUCGUUGCUGAUGCCACCUCCUCAAGGAGCAUGAUGGACAGGAUGUUUGCUCUCGAGCGUCUUGCUCGAACUGGGAUCAUUGUGACCACUAGUGAAGCUGUUCUGCUACAGCUGGUGGCUGACAAAGACCAUCCGAAAUUCAAGGAAAUCCAGAACCUAAUUAAGGCGAGUGCCCCUGAGUCUGGUCUGCUCUCCAAAGUAUAGGGUCCUUGAAGGAUCGGGAUCCUCGAUGGAACUGCAAGCCAGACAACCUCUUGUCUCUGCUAAAACUAAAACAUUAAGUCAACUGCAGCUCCUCCUUUGCAGCUCUUAGGAACAUUUAACUGGCUAGACCAUUGGGUACAAGCAUUUAGUUAUGAUGUCAAGGCUUCAGGUGCUGCUUAUCUUCUUUGUUUCCUAAUGGGCUUUUAUUUAUUAAGACAAAUUACAAUGGAGGUGCCUGUUUCAUCUACACCAUGUACUCCAACCAUACCUUUCGAAAGUGCUCCCUCUGGUGAAGCUUUCUUAAAUUGUGCACUUUACAGAAAACAAACAGAAACAUCUACCAUAAUCAUUUGACUUUUCUGUUGUGGUGAAACAUCUGUUGUAACGUCAGUGUAGACCCAGUGUUUUCACUUCACACAGGCUGACUGAUGCACGAUUCCCAGGUGAGAAUUGACAAAACAGGACUCUGCAUUGUCUCCUACUUCUCUGACAGUGUAGAGCUGCUGACUGAGAGAGGUGCUUUGGGUCAACCAGAACAGAUGAACUAUUGUGUAUCUGUCUCGAUGGUACUGCUUUUCUCAUUCCUGUUACCAUCUUUGUGGAUUUUCUUCCCCUGGCUAACGGUCUACACUGACUUCUUCUCCCACUGGAUGUUUUACAUCCCCAUUGGUUAUUUUAAUUUUGUGAACAGAUGCGAGUGGCCCUAACAUAUUGCCUUUACAGUCUUUUUGAGUGCAUCUUUCCGUAUACAUGGGAGUUAGUGGAGAAGUAAACACGAUGUAAAAUGUAGUUUUACAUAUUCCCAUAUUCCCCUUUGUAUCUUCUCUCCCUGCUGUUCAAAUGCUGUUACUGCUGACGUCAUCAACAGUGACUCAGUGGGGGUAGGUAAUACUAUGGCCAUUGUUAACCCAUCAGUAAGUUUAUUCUCAUUUAAUACUUAUUAGUGCUUAAAAAACUUUUUAGAGUGUGUUGUGAUAUGUGGAACAUUAUUCUCUUUGUAUUAAAUUAAAGAAAGUAUAUUAUGUGGGUGAAAUUGUUUUGUUGCCCAUGGCUCCACGAGUACUAGUCAAAGAAUUCUAGUGACUUUUCAGAAGUAACAGAUUUUACAGAUUCGUAAUCCUACAGCUCAUGUCACUGGAGGAGAAUCCCUUGCAGCCCAGACUGAUGGAGUUGUUACAGGGCCUUCCUGUUGCAGCCAUAGAAAUGUACUUUUUAGUUUGAGCCUUGGCAAGAUACUACAGCCUGACUUCUUCAUGGUGUGCUUAGAUGUUUGGUUGGUUCUCAACCUGUGGGUCCCAACCCCUUUGGGGGUCAGAUGAGCCUUUCACAGGGUUCAAUCAUCAGAUAGUCUGCAUAUCAGAUAUUUAUAUUAUGAUUCAUAACGGUAGCAAAAUUACAGUUAUGAAGUAACAUUGAAAAUCAUUUUAUGGUUGGGGGUCACCACAAUAUGAGGAGCUAUAUGAGGAGCCUUAGGGAAGGUUUCGAACCACUGUUCUAGAAAAUCAGUGCAAAGAAACAUCAUAUAGUUAUCUACAUUUUAAUAGUGCUUUCCAUACUUUUAUUAUCUGGAAAGCUUGUGAAAAUACUGAGUUGAGCUUUUUUCUAAAUUUAAAUUAAAAAAAAAAAAAAAAGUCAUUGCCACCAGUGAAACAAAGAUUCAAUUUAGAACAGCUUCCUUCCCUUGUAUCCAAGCCUCUCCCAUCUCAGAAACACUGUGCCGUGAAGCAUCCUCACAGCUGAAGCCAGCUAUGUGACCUUGGAUUUGUGUCCUGUGACUUCCCUACCAACAUGCCACAGACUCCAUGUCUUACAGCCAUAGCCUGUUUUCUUCUCAACUGUGGUGAGGCCUAGAGCUCACUGUGCUGAGAUCAAAGCUUGUAUUAGAAAGCUAUGAUCUUUCCUGGAGCCUGCAUGGAGGGUGAUCUGUAUCCAACAGCUCCAUCUUCUACAAUCUACUAGUGGUUUUUUGGUUUUGUUUUGUUUUGUUUGUUUGUUUGUUUGUUUUGCCCCAUUACGACCAUCUUCUCAGGCAACAGUGUGGUUCUGGUCCUUGGGUCCCUGUCUGACUUUCUUGUUAUGCCUGACCUAAGAUCUCAUGUGGUUCCAAGUUCCCAGUUAGCAACCUUAUUCCACCUGCAGCCUUAACACCCUUUGGCCAUUUAGCACGGUUCCAGGCUCCAGGGAUAAAGACAUUAGUAUCUUCCAAGGCCAUUCUCUUCUUGCAGGUAUCAGCUAGUAAAUGUGAGUUGAAUUAAUUAAAUUGUAUCAGGUCCAAAUUGGAAAUACUUGGAGGCUCAGAACAAUUGUGAGCUCUGUCUUCUUUCUUCUGUUUUGUGAAUCAUGUGAGAAGGUGGCAAAGCUUUUACUUGUUGAUUAUAGGAAAACUGAACUGAUUGUAAUACAUUAAGCUUUGGAACAGAAGUGUCCAUGACUCUGUAGGAUGAUGAAAUCCUUUUCAUUGACAUAAAUAAAGAAAUAAGGAUGAAAACAAGAA